UUAGGAGAAACGUGUUUUCACCAAACCUAGAUUACGACGACUUCCUUUUGGUAUAAAAUAGAACAACUACCAAUCAAAUUCUCAAUCAAAAAGAGAAAAACACAAAUCAAAAUCCCAAUUUCCCAAUUCCAAAUUCCUUUGUCAUCUCUCUCUCGCUCUCCUUGUCUGUGUUUUGCAAUGGCAGUUCAGGACACGUUUUACAUAUCCCAUGGAUCCCCGACGCUGAGCAUCGACGAGUCAAUCCCAGCCAGAAAAUUCCUCCAGUCAUGGAAGCAAAACGUGUAUCCAAACAAACCCAAUUCCAUUCUCAUCAUCUCCGGCCACUGGGAGACGUCUGUCCCCACCGUCAACGCCAUCUCCGGCCCCCACGACACCAUCUACGACUUCUACGGCUUCCCCAAGUCCAUGUACCAGCUCAAGUACCCCGCUCCGGGCUCCCCCAACCUCGCCGGCCGCGUCAAGGACCUCCUCACUGCCUCCGGCUUCCCACGCGUUGAUGUCGAUGCCAAACGUGGCCUUGACCACGGAGCGUGGGUCCCACUUAUGUUCAUGUACCCGGAGGCGGACAUCCCUGUCUGUCAGCUGUCUAUCCAGACGGACAGGGACGCCACUUAUCACUACAACAUGGGGAGGGCACUGGCCCCACUCAAGGACGAGGGCGUACUUGUGGUGGGGUCUGGCAGUGCCACUCACAACUUGAGGGCGCUGAGGGAGAUAAGGGGUGGUGGUGGUGGUGGUGGAUCCAUUGUUCCGUGGGCUCUGGAGUUCGACACGUGGCUUAAGGAUGCUCUGCUUGAAGGGAGGUACGAAGAUGUGAACCAGUAUGAGGAGAAGGCUCCUUAUGCGAAAAUGGCUCACCCAUGGCCUGAUCACUUUUACCCAUUGCAUGUGGCCAUUGGAGCUGCUGGCUCAGCUGCCAAGGCUAAGCUCAUUCAUGGGAGCUGGGAUCUUGGUGCUCUUUCUUAUGCCUCCUACCAGUUUACAUCACCACCUACCAGUUGAAGAUUGACAUUUGAAAUUUGAAAUUUGAAAUUCUCACCAUUAAUUGUACAAGUGUGAUGAUCUUUGUUUAUGUUUUGUUCAUUUUGUAUAUCACGUUCUUCAAAUAAAAGGUUGGAUCUUUGUUGUGAAUA